UACGACAAAAGCAAAAAUAAAGUCGCCCGGUUGCAAAAGGGCCAAAGAGAAACGGAGCAAGAAACUGACAGAGGUCGGAAGAUAUGGAAGAAGAUAACAGCCUGGAGAAAUCCCUGGCAUGGCUACAAGAUCUUGUCCAAGGGGCCAUAGGUCAGGAGUUGGAGACCCGAGCCCUUGACGGACUACGCAUCACCCAUGCUCAGAAGGGAUCUAUACGAUGUAGUUUCGUCGUAUCAAAUCAUGCAUCAGGUGUUGAUGGGAAUUGGCAUGUUGGAGCUAUAGCAACGUUGAUGGAUGUGGUCGGAGCUGUUGCUGUAUACUCUGUUGCCCAUUGUAUCAUAGCCUCCGUUGAUUUCAGCAUUUCAUAUUAUUCAACAGCUAAGAUUCAUGAGCAAGUGGAGGUAGAUGCCAAGGUUAUGGCAAACAAGGGACGGCUUACACAAGUGAUGGUGGAGGUUAGAAGGAAAGGAAAUGGAGAGCUACUUGCUGUGGGAAAACAGUGGAUGGCUUCGAAAAACGUCACGGUAUCUCGAAUAAACGGUUGUGGAGGUGGGCAUUCGAUCUGACAGUCACGGUUUAAUAGCCAGCCAAAACAUAUAUAAAUCAGGCUGGCACGAUCCAAGAUUGAGAUAAGUCCUUUCUCUCCUCCAAGCUUUUAAAUUCCUUUCAUCUGUCAAAUCUGAGAUCUCUCUGGUUUGUUACUCCUCCUCUG